CACACGUUUAGUGGAUGUCAAACUCACUGAUUUCACAAUUCGUCUGUUGCCAGCUAACAAAAUCUUGAUAAAUUCAGAAGAGAAAUCGUUACCCGUAAAAAUUAUAAAGAGUUUUCAGCCACGUACUCUGUCGGGUGGAUUACAGUUACCACUGAAUGGGGUUUGAAGGUGAUGUUUGAUGGUAGACACAGAGUCACUGUUACAUUACCACCAAUAUUUGCCGAUCAACUGACUGGAAUCUGUGGAGAUUGUAACGGAGAAAAAGAUGACUUUCGUACGAAAUCUGGUGAAAAUGUUUCUCAAAAAGCAAAUAAAUUUUCUUUAAUUGGUGCCAGUUACCAAGUUGAAGAUGACAGUGAUAAACCCGAAACAAAAUGCAAAGUGAAUGAUGUUAAUUUGACUUGUUCAAAGGAACAGACAAAAGAAUGUGAUUUCAUGAAUGACAAAAUCUUUGACGCCUGCAUUGAAAAGAUCGGAGCUUCGCAUCUAGAAGAAUACUUGGAGUCUUGUAGAAUCGAUGUCUGUAGUUAUCACAAUGAUCCUACGAACAGUUACUCUGUUUUCUGUCGAAUCAUUGAAGGUUUUGCUACAGAAUGCGAAACUGUAGGAAUUUUCGUUAAUUGGAGAGAAAUAUCACAAUGCCCGAUGAAAUGCAAAGAAAAUGAAGAAUUUCAACACAAGACUAGCAGCUGCCAACCUUCGUGCGCUGAUAAGUCACCGAAUUGCACAGGUUCCAGUCAAGGUUGUGUUUGUAGACAAGGCUUUAUUCUGAGUGGUGAACAGUGUGUACCUGAAACACAAUGCGGUUGUAUCGACAACAAGAUAUAUAUGAAGGUUAAUGAGGAAAUUAUAUCAGCAGAUUGUAAAACAAAGAAAAUAUGUAAACCUGGAAACGAAGUCGUAACAGAAAAUAUCACUCCUUGUGGUGAAAAUAGCCACUGCGGAAUUGAAAGAGGGAAAUAUGCCUGUGUUUGUAAGGAAAAUUUCAUUCUUCAGGACGAAAAGUGUGUUCACGCUGGUGAGUAA